GAUGGUGUGACUAAACUCAAAAUGGAGACAGGAACAAGUGGGCUACAGCUGCGGGUGAGAGACUUUGUGCGCAAGUUGCGGCCUGAGCGAGUGCGGUGGCAGUGGAGACAUCUAUUGGCAUCUGUAGACAAUCACUGGCCUGCGUCCACAACCACUGACUCCUCUGUUUCAUGUGACUCUCGCUCCGAUACUCAGAGAGAAGGAGGAGCCGAGUUUGAGCCUGUGCCCUCAUCGGACUGUGACCUUGAGGUAGCCGAGAUAACGGCUGCCACACAGACGAGAUGCAAACCCUCCGCUGCUGACCAGCUCAUGUCCUCGCUGAGCCAACUGCCUGUGACAUCAACAGAUGAGGAGCUCAGCAAGUCGGCAGCCAUUGCGGGGAAUGGCGGGGGGAGUGUGCGGCCCUGCGAGCUGUCACUGGGCGGGGGCGGUCUGGUACCCCCCGCGUCCACGCCCCGUAACAAGUCCCCCGUCACAGUGCAGGAGUGGGUCGACUCACUGCCACUCACUCCUACUGACACUGACGGCCAAGUGAACAGGGCAGAAGAAGAAACAGAACCCCGUAUUGUUCUCACUCAGGACUCGGACGACAAUCUCACGCUAGGAGCUGAAGCGGGUUUAAUGUGUGGUCCACUGCCUCCAGCCGUCCAAGUCACCAGCCACCAAGAGCCCAGUGAGAGUGACAGCCAUUGUAGCAGCGUAGAGUCGUUGCUGGAGGCUCGACGCCCUGACCCUGAGGAGGUUCUGUUUUCACUGGGGUUUGGAGGUGCAGCCUCGUCUGAGUGUCGGAUACCCCAGCGGUUCCUGCAGCCUAGCAAACUGAAGGGGGUCGCCAUCGACGACUUUCUCAGACACCAGCAGGAGGUGGUCACCAAUUUUGAGACUGGCUUCUACGGUUAUAGAGGACUAUCUGGUCCUUCUCAUACGAUGCCUUCAGUGAUCGUUGCCAAGAUUAUGGAGAAGCUGCGCGAGCACGAGAGAGAGAACUGCUCGGUCGCAUCGCCCCCGCACGUUUCUACAAACACUGACCGCAACAAUCGCUUCACCCGGGCGGCGCGCAACGUCAUCACCAACCUCAAGAGCCCAGGGAAUUCGGUUCUGACACCGGACAAUCGAGCAUGGCUGGACAGUCAAAACCAAAGAUCACCAGAAGUGAGUCGGAAGAGAAUCAUCAUCGGACAGCAGUCUUUCACUUUCAGUCGGGACGGAGAUCUCAUAGAAAGCCCUCCCUCCAGUCUUACUGACAGCGACAGCAGAUGGACGAGUAGCACCGGCACCCCAGGGCUUCAAAAGAACGAUCUCUCAUUGGACAAACCAAGCUUCCCCUCCAUACAGGAGGCGGGGGAACCAGCUCCCCCCUCCCCUCCAACCACUGUUCCCCGCCAUGCCUUUGCCAACAUAGUCACAACUUUGCUGGCAGAGAAGAAUCAGGAAUCAAAGUUGUCAAGCUCUUCAAUGGAAGCCCGCUCUUUGGGUGACAGUGGUGUUGGAUUGCCGUCAAGCGGUCGAUCGUCACGUGGAGUUGAUGAGUUUGACAGUCCUGACUACGGCACGAGAACAGGAGCUGUCACCGUCGAACAACCUCUUCCAGAGACCCCCUCAUCCCUCGAGGUUUUUCCAUCACCAGAUUCCUCCGGAUCAACUGAAACUGCAAAUGCACCUAGUGAAUCUCAGGAAACUGUGUUGAAUGAAUCUUUUUUACCAUCCAUAUCAGUGGAUGAAACUUUAGCCAGCGAGUUUAGAGAAAUUGAUAGUAGUUUAGACUCAAAAAAUGAUCAACCAAAUUCCAGUAGCAUAGCACAUAUUAGUGAAGUUGAACUAUUAAGUGAAGCUUGUAACGAUGAAGAAAAUUCUAUUAGGUUAGGAUCAGAUUUUUAUUCUAAUACCAAUUUACCGACGGGUAAUCCUAGUAUAAGUGAUAAACUUAGUGAAAAAAGUGUCAGUGUGACAGAUUCAAACGUUUUAGAAAAAGCUUCUGUCGCGUCUAACUCAUCAAGUAUCCUGGAACGGCCUAAGGUUUAUACUAGUCUUCAAUCUUUUGACACAUCAACGUCUUGUACUAGUCCGUUUCCUAGCCUCGCGAGUGAGUUAGAACAAGCACAAUUGAAAGAGCAAGAAAAACCACCUGUAGUUAACAGGGAAACAGAAUCGCAAGAUGAGGAAGAAUCUCACCCAUCAACCUCAGCUCCAGUUCGAGUCAUUGAGAGUCUAGACAAGGUAAUAGAAUCAUUAGAGAAAAUCAUGGAGCCUCUGGAAGUCAUCACGGAAAGCAGUCUUCAGUUCAACUCCGCCAUUAGAUCUCAAUCAGAUAAGGAAAAACUUGUACACAGCUUCGAAGAUCUCAGAUCACUUGCAAAACAACUUGUGGAGGCUAAAGUACCAGUUGAAAUCGGCAGUUGCGAACACUUUCUGAACUUGACCAUCAAUGAGAGAUGUGAGCUGCAGUGUAGGGUUGUGAGGCUGGCACUGUCUAGUUAUCAGUCUCACCUGGCUCAAGACACAUCUCACUACGAGCUGAAGUGUUGCCUCAGCGUAGAGGUCUCCAGAUUGUCUGACUUGCUGGACACAGCCUCUGAUCCCGACAUGCUCAACACUCUAGUCAAGCAGAUGACUGAACUUUUGAAACAUCAAGCAGAGUUGAGCAAAGAACUUGAUCAGUGGAUGAGUCAAUCAGCUGAGGAGGCGCCAGGGUGUCAUCAGCUUUGCGAGGUGGUGUUGCGUCGUCUGCGAGCUCUGGAGCUGCUUGUCCACCGCAACACACAGGCACUCUCUGACCUGCGAAACCAGGUGUCUCACUGACCAAGUGACGUACACUAGACAAACCAAUCAGCUGAGGAGGUGCCAGGGUGCCAUCAGCUGUGCUAGAUGGUGUUGCGUCGUCUGCAAGCAAGGUGUCACUCUGACCUAAGUAGAUUUAGCAAACCCUCUUGACAUUCUGAUUCUACUACAAUUUUAAAUUACUCUUUUAUUUAACUAAAAGAAGUUCUUUUAGAUCUUUGCACACACUGAGUUGAAAUUUCCCAUAUUUUUAUGAAAUUCCUACAAUUACGGUUGUAGAUAUAUUUAAUAUCACUCACAAAUCACACAAAUGAAACUUUGAUUUGGUAAAUUUUUGAGCUUAUUACCUUCU